AGGAAGACGACUGUGACAACAACAUGGCUGAGGAUGGUGAUGGAGAUGGUGGGGGUUCGCGUCUGCAUGUCAGUGCGAGGGAGUAUUACUGCUAUAUUAUGCAGAUCCACAACGAUGUUUUUAAUAUAUUCUUUCAUGGUGGAAGGCUUUUCCAGCAAUGGAUAGUGGAUAUGUAUGUGAAAAUUGAGAGUAUGCGACUAGAUUGGUACUCCCAUCCAGACCACCAGAAAAUUAUUAGGGCACACCUCUAUCAGGGUAUAAUGGACACCCUUCUUGCCGGUGAGAAUAGGGGUUUGAAGGCUGGUAAAUUGGUUGUUUUAUCUAAAAAUUUCCCCAGAAGUGAUAGAGAUGUGCAGUGUAGGUUCAUGGAUACAAUGUCAUUGGUUGCUAAAUAUGGAAGGCCAGAUUAUUUUUUAACCAUGACUUGCAACCCCUACUGGCCAGAGAUCACUUAACUUUUGCUGCCUGGUCAGACACCCCAAGAUAGACCUGAUAUUGUGGCCAGGGUUUACCAUGCCAAACUCAUUGAUUUUCAUGAUUUUGUGAUUAAAAAGGAUUUCUUUGGAAAGGUGGCAGCCUAGGCACAUGUUACUGAGUUUCAGAAAAGAGGUUUGCCGCACGAACAUUUCUUGCUUAUAAUGGAAAGCAGUUCAAAGCUUAGUGGGCCAGAUGAUUUUGAUAAAUAUAUUUCUGCAGAA